CAUCACCACCAGCAACAAUGCCCAACCUCCCCCUCUUCCGCGACCCCUGGGCCAGACGCGAGGCAUGGCGCAAACACCCCAUCUUCUCCAACCGCACAAUGUUCUCCAGCAUCUUCCCCGGCUUCGGCAUCGCAGCCGUCGCAUUCACAGCCUAUGUCAUCGUCGACAACCUCUACCUCAGCGCAGUGCCCCACUCCACUGAGCACAAGGACCACGCCUCCCCCCACUAGACUCGCAACGCAACCUCUGGGUAUCACGGGGCCGCCUUAUGCGCGAUCGUCCAAAGACAGGUCUAGGCUGGCAUGACAUGCCAACUCCCCGCUGGGUGCACCCAGCGCUCUUCGCGUCACAUUCAAUUCAUUAGAGCCUUACCUCCCUCUGUCGUCCAAUUGUAAUUCCCGCAUUGCACCAUCGCAAUACUUAGACGCUGUCAUAAAAACGCACCUUCUUGGACCUUCCUGCAUGGUCACCAAACGGCCCCAUGACGUGCAUACUUAGAGCAUCCAAUGUGAAUAACUAGCUCGAGUCGUACGUUCAGAGGCAACGCGGACGUCGCAGCGUCCACGCCGCUUCAAUAGACAACUCGCUUUAGGUAAAAGUCCA